AUGAAUCGGGUCAUGAUCCCCUCACCGGUGGUGAAACAAAGACUCAAAAUGACCAUCGAAUCCAAAGGUUCGGGUUCAACAGGGACAGCAAUCCGCGUCUUCUGGCACCUUCUUCGCAUCUGUCUUUCAUUUUCGCUAUUAUUCCUUCAUAACAUCCUCCUCGUCAUCGCGAGUUGCCUAGCCUAUCUCCGGUUCGCAGCCAGCCGUCGCAGAACCCGCCGAAAUGUUCGCUUCUAUCCAAAGACAGUGCUGAUCACAGGCGUGGGAGCCCCUCAUGCGUUGGCACUUGCACGAGCAUGGGCCGCAGAAGGCCAUUGCGUGGUCGGGGCCGAUGUGACAGAUCUAGAUCUUCCCGUCCGAUCUGGCGCCAGCAUGUCCAAAGCCCUGCAGGCAUUCUACCGCAUUCCCAAAGACCAUUACAUUUCUAGACUCCUGGAUGUGAUUCACCGCGAGAAAGUCGACAUUUGGAUCCCAUGUUCCCCCAAGGCAACUCCCUGUGAGGACGCGACAGCGCGACAGGUUAUUGAGAGCCGGACCAGCUGCAAAUGUAUUACUUUUGAUGCCGAGCUGGCGACGUGUUUCAGUCACUCUGAUACCUUUCGACAGUAUGUCACGGAGAGAGGUCUGCCAGUGUUGGAGUAUCAUAAGGUUUUGUCGCGCGACUCUGUGCAUAAGAUCUUGCAUCGGUCGCCGUCGAAAUCAUACCAGAUGAUGCGCGCUAGUGCAUCGGCGAGCGAGAAGGCCAUGCAUCUGCCUAAACGGACAGCGAGCAAGACUUAUACCAGUAUCAGUGAGAUUCAGAUCUCCAAGGAUAAACCUUGGAUUCUGCAGCAACAUUCACGGCUGGGGGAGCUGUUUGCCGAUAUCCUCGUUGUCCGCGGUCAAGUUCAAGCGAUCAAUGUUCGAUUGUCUGAUGCCCAUUCUUCGCCGUGGGGGACCUCACGCUUGGACGAAGCGUUGGCUGUUGCGAUUCACCAGCUCAUGCAAAACUUCGCCUUGAAAGUUGGUCCUCGCUUGACUGGACAUCUCUCUGUUAGACUUAUGGUGGAUGAGGAGUUCGAUGUACAUUCUGUUCGACAUGCUGUUUACAUUGCCGGCUGCAUCCCCGGUGCGAAAGCAGUCGAGCGCCUUUUGCAGGACACUUCCUCACCAACCGCAGGGUAUCUAUCCGUCUUCCCUUCCGAUCCCGUUGAUGUCUCCUCCAAAACCACUCCGACACUCUCAUCCUCGCGUGCGACGUCGACCUCCAAAUUCUCUACCGCGGGUCAUGUCUUUGCCCUGCUCUUACAAUUCUCUUUCUUCCGGUAUGCAAUCCUGAUGAUCGCAUUGUCCAAGGAAGAAUUUGGACGGCUGUUAUUCUGGAAAGAUCCACUCUUUUCUUUCCAAGAUCCGCUUCCUUGGUGGUGGCAGUUUCAUGUCUACCAACCACUCCGAGAGAUUUGGGUAUUGGUGAAGCAGACUCGAGAAGCUGGGUUGUAA